ACAACAAACAAGAUGGCGGGUUACGAAGCACCGCCUGGACCUUAUGCAGGCUUUCAGCCUAGCGUUCAGCCCAUAGGAUUAGAAAUGCACCAACAGCCAGGCUAUCCGCUUUAUGAUAACGGACCUGGCUAUCCAAAUCCACCGUCACACGACAUCUAUCGUCCCACAAAUGAGUACGCAAGCUACCCAAAUCCCUCUACCCCAUCUUACCAUCAUCACGGUGAUAGCGAUUCCGAUAACCUUCCACCCGUCGGCUUUGAGGGGAUUUCUAAACACCAAGAUCCUGAAACAGCUACAGCUUCAGGUGUCAAAAUCCUUGAAAAGUCCAGGGAGAGUCCUGUACCUCCGCCAGAUUACAACCGGCCACUCGAGAAAGACUCCCAUCGCGUACCGUUAACGUCAGAUGUAGAGAUGAAUUCUGGUGAAUUCAUGGCAUGUGAAAACCAGAUGGGAAAAUCCAUGACUUUUAAUGUAGCAAGAACUAGAGGAAAGGAUUCUGAUACGCUGUUCUUUAAGGAUGGGAAGAGACGAGUUGAUUACAUUCUGGCAUAUGAAAUUGAUACUACCAAAGACAGGGAGUGGCAACAAAAAAGAGAAGAGAAGCGCCUUACAUUUGAGCAAAAUUUGGAAAGGGCUAAUUUAAUUUUGGAAGCAGAAGGCAUUGAGACUUCAAGUAAUGGAAAGACUGCUUUUAUCAAGAUCCAUGCACCUUGGAAAGUCCUCAUCCAAGGUGCUGAGGAGAUGCUCAUGAAGAUGCCUAUCAGG